UUAGUUGAAUUUGUUGUGUAAACUGAGAAUUGCAGUCGCAGUUAAAUAUAAAUUGUGUUUCAUAUCCAUCCAACAAUCCAAAAAGAAAAUAUAUAUAUAUAAAUUGUGUAUAAUUGUAUAUAAUUAUAUCUAAAUUAAAAAUGGCUGAGAUGCUGAAUGAGAAUUUUAAUUUAUUGAGACAAUUAUUUAGCGAUUGUUUAGCAGCCAAAAGCAAUCCCACAAAUACGAAAAUCGAUUUAGAUGAAAAAUUGAAAUUGGGCUCUUUGCUAUUUGUGUUAAUCAAGAAAAUCAACCGAAUGGUUAAGUACAGAGUGCGUGCAGGACGAGAAGAAUUGCAGUCUCAAAAGUCGCUCGUCGACAAUAAUCGUUUGCAUUUGCAGAAUCUUCUCUAUGAAGUGAAUUAUUUAAAACGCGAAAUACGUCAUUGUUAUCAGUUCAAAAGUCAGGAUGAAGACAUUGACAUAUGCGAGCCAGAUUCAGGUGAAGUAAACGAAUUGGAAUCAAGUCACAAACAGCGCAUAGCAAGAUUAGAAAGAGAACUAACUCUACGUAAGCAGCUUUCUGAUGAUUGUGCGAAAUUAUUAAAUGCGAAGACUAAAGUUUUUCAUGAGAUUAUAACGAAAAUGGAAAAUUUGGCCACAUUUGCUCCUUCGUUGCGCACACUUUUGAAGGCAACCAAACCGCUGCAGGAAGCUUUGCAAUUGCCAUUAGAGCAAAUCUGGAAACUAGAUUACAAAGUGCAUUUAUUACCGCCUAGUUUAUACUUGGCAUACGUAAAUUUACGAUUAAUUGAAAUGGAAGAUAUACAUUUUAAAAUCAAUGUAAUGGGUUGCGAGGAUGAAGUUAAAAAUUAUGAAGCGGAACGAAAGCAAACCCAUAUAACCUCUUUAGAAAAGGAUCAAUUCUUCCAACCACAUCCCUUAUAUCUGCAAAUGAAGAUUCAAGAUCCCGAUUUUAUGAAUGAUUCCAUCGUUGUAAACUUUUACAAUUUUUCUUUGCUGGAUUUGGUUACUGGUUACUGCGAUAUAGGAUUUAACGAGUCGAACAUAGCCAUUGCUGAGACCAAUCUUCUACAAGAUUUCCUAAAAUAUAUAUGCGAAAAUGACAUAGGAGAAAUUAUGCCAUACGCUGAAAUCAAUUUAAAAAUCGAAAAACAGAAUUUAACGACGGAGGAAUUUUAUGAUUACUUGGGAUUGCAUAAUUUCGGCAAACCUUAUCGUUGGGUACAGGAAGUGUGCGGCACAUCGUCGCUGAACACUCCUAAAACUACUAAUUCACAAAAUCAAAAAAUAAAAGAAUUCGCCGCCGAUGUCGUCAAACGCAUAAAGCUUUAUUGGAAUUCACGGCUGUGCCUAUCAACACAAAUUAAGGCUUUUAUGAAUAAAAAUUUGGAUAACUACAUGGAUGGUAAGGCAGCAAAUUGCAAACCGAAUUGUAGCUUAGUGCAGUGGUCUGCACUCAAUUGGGAGGAAUAUGAGGCCAACACAACAACUAUGCGUUACAUAGAAGAAGAACUAGUCGACGCAAGUUUUAGUUUCUAUCGUGCUGUAGUUGUUUUCAGUUCAGCCAAAAUGGAAUGUUUGAUUAGCAUAUCAAAUAAAUAUCCUCACAAUGCUCCUCUUUGGAUUAUAACAGUACAUUGGAAUGGGCACCAUAACGCACUUAAUAAUUCUUCUAUUAAGUUUAUGGAACAUUGGACAAAUUCGUUGUGCGAUUCAAAAAAUACCCCUGACCUGCUGGCUGCUCAGCUUUUGCGUACUAUGUACAGUUUUGAUAUUUUUUUGGAGACUGAGGGUCCACUCUAUCAGCCUUUAGAGUACAACAAGGAGAAGAGUUUUAUUAAAUCAUUUUCCAAACGCACUCGUGUUCGACCUUACAAAAGAAUCACCAGCGGUGCCAACAAUUACUUUAAACAAUAAUAUUUUUAGUAAAAUAAUAAAAGCAUUUUUAUGAACGUGAAAACUUAUUAAAAAGAACAGGGAGUUUGCAUAAUUCUCGUUUAUAUUUAAAAUUUGGUGAGUUUAUAUUUAUUUAACAAUCACUCCGUUAAAGUAUGUAAAUUUAAACAUCGUUUCAAAAGCUAACAUGUGUAAUGAACCAGAAAGUUUAAAAUAGUUGGAGACUUAAGAAAAAAACAUUAAACCUUAAUAAAUUUGUUACUUUCAAAGCAGAGUUUAUUGAAAACAAUUGGUUUUGGUUUCGAAAGUAUUCUUUUUUUCGGAUUAGGGCUACCACAAAUCUUUAAUGGAACAUCAUCCAAUUAAUGUGCCAUACUUGAAAAAUGAUAUUUUGUGACAGAAAGUUGA